UUAUAUCGCCCCCACAGCUGCUCUGCGCUGACCAUGAAGACACCAAAAACCUGCCUUCUCAUCUUGUCUGUCUCUUCUUAUCUAUCUCGACCCGAUCCUCCCGUAGUCUCCUUACUGUACACCCGUUCCCUUCCCCUCUCCACCCUCCCGCCCCCGCGAGUGGAUCGGUCAGUUGUUGGUUUCGAAUUGUGCGAACCAGACGUCGUCUCCGCGUACCCAGAGGGGCUUGUUCAUGAUCUCACCCACGGGCAGCAUGGCGGGGGUCUUGUCCACCGGGAUGAAGUCGUACAGCUGACGCUUGCAGUCCUCCAGCUGGCUCACCAGAAACAUGCAGUGCAUAUUCUUCUCGUCAAACCCGCUGCACAAGACACACACACACACAAACCACACACCACAACCCUCUCUCUCUCUCUCUCUCUGUUUGUGUGUGUGUGUGUGAUGGUUGCUUACGCCUCGGUGUUUGCGCAUUCGUAUCGGUACUGCUUGGCCACAUUGUAGCACCUGAAGUCCUCUGACGCCCCGCGCGCCCUCAGCUCUGCCUUGAGCACCUCCUCCCGCCUGUUGACUUUGUAGUGCAUCCGGCGGAUGGACUUGGCGAUGAGGAGGGCGACGGCGACGCCGCUGAUGAAGAAGCCCAAUCUCAUGCCGAUGUGCAUCUGCCGGUAGUCCAUGUAGAACGACCGGAAGUAGCCAGUGUACUUGUCGUGCUUCUGCCGAAGCACACAAGAGAGCCGAAGCAUCGUCAUGACGGUAGAUGGCCGGCCGACGGAGGGAGGGAGGGAGGCUGACAGAGUGACAAGAGAAAA